CACGAACGAUUUUGUAUCUUUAUAUCAUUUUUGCAUUAAAUUUCUAAGGAUCAUUAUUCAUUGUUAUUUCAAUAUGUUCAUUACUGUUAUUAUAUAAAAGCCACUGGAAUAUUGGUCGUCUAAACUUUCUACGAAGUUUGAUUUGUAGUCAGAAGCCCCAAUUCUUAUUCGGAACAAGAUUUUGUUUGCGAUCAUUAUUGGUGUAGUGCACCAGGUAGCACUGUCUUGUCAAAACAUGUCGUUAAGUGGACAGCAAAAUGAUAUUAAAACCCUAUCUACAGCAUGUAAUAAUUUUACGAUUCCAUUAUACAAGAGUUUAUCAAUCAACACUGACAGCAACGUUAUAAUUUCUCCUUUGAGCUUGCAUAUGAUAUUAUCUUUACUUUCUAAUGGCGCUGGAGGAUUUACAUUAAAUGAACUGAAAUCUGUUCUUCAUCACGAUGAUGAAGUAGUUUCUUUGAACGAUGAGUUUAAGACUCUGGCUCUCUUGUUGAAUGACAUUGAAAAUAUUGAAUUGCAUAUAGCAAAUAAGAUAUACAUUCAAGAUGGAUUUGAUUUAAUGGCUGAAUUUUUAGCAAUAUGCAUAAAUAUAUUUCAAUCUUCAGUAUCAAGGCUGGACUUCAAAGAUAAUGAACUUGCUGUAAAAACUAUUAAUUCAUGGAUUCAAAAAGCAACAAAUAAUAAGAUAUUUGACAUAAUUUCUUUUGAUGAUCUCGAUAAGGAUACAAGAAUUAUGUUAAUAAAUGCUGUUUACUUUAAAAGUAAUUGGCUGCACACGUUUGAUAAGACGAAUACAGUAAUGCGCCAAUUUCAUGUUUCCAAAACAGAAACAAAUCUUGUUCCGACAAUGUUUAAAACAUCAAAAUAUGCUUAUGGUAAAAUAGCAACUUGGCAUGCGACUUUUAUUGAAAUUCCAUACUUGAAUCAAGACAUUGUAAUGAUAAUAUUAUUACCAGAUAGAGAGAUAGAAUUGCAGAUGUUAGAAAAUAAUUUUAACUGGAAAACAUUGGCAGAUGCACCUAGAUUUAUCGAUGAAGUUGCAUUGUAUCUACCUAAGUUUAAGUUUGAAAUUACCAUAGAUUUGAAAGACUCUUUACGUAAGAUCGGCUUAAAUACAAUCUUUGAAGAUGAUGCGGAUUUUACACGUCUCUCAAACAUUCCUCUGAAAGUAAGCCAAGCAUUACAAAAAAUUUUCAUAGAAAUUAACGAAGAAGGUUCGGAAGCGGCUGCCGCGACAGUUGUGGGAAUGAGACUGAAAAGAAUGGCAAUUUUACCAAUGGAGUUCAUGGUGGAUCGUCCGUUCUUGUUCGCAAUUGAACAUAAACCAAGCAGAAUACCGCUGUUUCUAGGAAGUGUGAGAAAAAUAGAAUUUUCUCAAGAAAGAGAUGAAUUAUAAAAUCUAUAUAUUUUUAUGUUUUGCAAAUUACUUUAUU